GUCGUGAGGGGGGACCCGCGUGAGGGGACCCGGGGCGGGGCUGGGGGGAGCUGCCCUGAGAGGCGCCGCUGCCAUCGCGCCUCGGCAGCCGCUCCGCCCCGCCUCGCCUGGGAGAAGAUCCCCUGGCUGGCGGUUCUCGAAGCGAGGAAAGCCUGUGGACAGGCACCCUGAAUUAAUGGUGACUCAGGAAGCAGCAGACCUAUCUGGAUGUCUUGAAGAAGCACAUUCAUUAGGUGAAUCCAGCAUAUCCUCUCAAGAAGUACAUAACAGUAGUAACAUGAAGAAGUCUGAAGUUCCUGGAGUCAUGGCUAAAGCUGACAUCAAACCAAAAUCUAUGCAUCGUGCCAAAACAUGGUCAGAUGAUGUAGAGAAUUUAUACAGAUUCCAGCAAGCUGGAUACAGAGAUGAGGUGGAAUAUAAACAAGUAAAACAAGUUGAUGUGGUAGAAUGUUGGCCAGAAACCGGAUUCAUUAAGAAACUUCAGAGAAGGGACAAUACAUUCUUCUAUUACAACAAGCAGAGAGAAUGUGAAGACAAAGAUGUCCAUAAAGUGAAAGUUUAUGUGUAUUAGUUUUGUUGUUGUUCUAGUUUGUUUGUUUUUAUAAAUCUGUCUGCUAAGACCUGCAAGUAAAUGAAUUGUGUAAUCUGACUUACCUUAAGUAUUGAUGCCAUGCUUACAUAGAAGGGGGAGUGCUGGAAAUAUAGAGAAGGCUGGAGCUAUAGACAUAGAAACUUCACUUUUUUUCCUCCUAUAACUGAAAGUCUUAUUAUUCCUCAUUUUCCUGGUUACAAAUGGUUGGACAUAAAGAUAAAAAGCUGGUAAAUGGGCAUCAUAUAUUUGGGUUAACUGUGUGUAACAUCCAUUAUAAGUAUAGGCACCAACCUUUACUCAAAACAAUAUGAUCUUAUUGACACUGGCUAAUGACAGCCACAGUCUCUUGGUGUAGCUAAGGGUUAUGAGACUCCAGGGGCUAAAGGGCUAAAGCAGGGCCAGAACACUGACUAAAAAGCAGUGCAAGAAUAACAAGCAAAGAAUUGAAUUGCAGGACACUGAACAAUCAAGUAGCAAGGGCCAGUGAUGAGCUGUAAAUUUAAAGACUGGUUAUUGUGAUAGAAACAGUCACAACAAAAACGUCUUUGAGCAAUAGGUAAGGUAUCCGCACAGUAUUUUAGUCAGGUGUGAGUAUUAAUUACUCAAGGAGGAAGUAUUAAUUGACUUGGUAUCAUAUGCCUUCUUGAGGUGGGGGGUGGAUUGUGGAUUUACAUGUGGUGAGAACAGGGAGUAUAAACCUUCUGGGAGGACAUGAAAUCCACACUAUGUAAUAUUUAAGGUUAGGUAAUUUCCACAGAUGAUAUGUGGAGUUUCUGGGCAGAAUUAAUCUCAUCUAACUUCAAAUGGUACAUUGUCAGCAUAAUUGACCAUUGACAGAUUAUUGUUGUGUAAACCAAUAGAUAUGUUCAUGGUAGUUACAGAAAAAAUGUUAUUAAUAUCUCCUGUCUCUAGACUGUCAACCAAGGGGUAACUAAGCUGAGUUUUAGGCAUAGAUUAGCAGUGUACAUUUUACUAUCUGUCUUAAGGAUAUUCUUCCUUCAUUUGAGCCUAAGAUGGAGGCCUCCCAAGAGGCCUAUGUGAAAUAGAGGACUUACAGCUCCUAAUCAAAAUAAGUAGUAUGGGUGCAAUAUUCAAAAGAUCCCACUGACAACGGCUGAUGAUGAUGUCUUCAUUUGCUGAGACUGAUUAGAAAAUUUCAGCUUUAAUUUGUAUAAACUCUGUUAGAGAAAUGACUGGAAGAUACUCAGAAGCAACUGUGAAAGUGUUAUAUUCCAAGAAGGUUUAAUGGCACAUAAAGAGAGAGUUACUGCAAUGGCAGAAAUAAAGCAUUGUGACUCUAAAUGUCA